CAACAAUUAUUUCAGCUUUAUUAGUCCAGAUGCCAUGAAGAUCCGAAUCUGAGGUCUCAUGCCACAGGAGCAAGAGGAUGUCCCAGCAGAUGGAGAUGCCAGUCGUGUUGCAGAUGUACCAGAGGCUUCAAGAGAGUUCAGCCAGGUGGCUGCUCCGGAGCAGAGUGCAGCAGCAGACACGAAGCCCUUUGUUCAGACCAGUGAGGACGCGGCCCGCAAGCCGCCGCAGCAAACGCUCUCUCGAGGAGAGAGCCUGCUACAAAGCUUGACGGCCAGCCUGGAGGCCAUGAGCCCUUCGCUUCAAGCCCUUUCAGAGCGCGACGAGGAGAAUGAUAUCCUGGGAGAUUUGCCGCAGGUUCUCCAGAGGAUGCGCAGCUCUGGAGAGGAUGCGCUGGCUGCGAGCACUGAGCCUCUUGCCGCGCAGGCCGAAAGCUCCAUCGUGGAGUCCUUGCGACAGAGUCGUCAAGAUCGUCAAGCUGAGCCCAGUCCUAGUCUACCUCGCAAGCUGGAGGAGUCGGCAGCGGCUUCCCCACCCAGAUCCGAAACGGGCAUACUGCGGGAUGCUGACAGCCGUAGUUCCAGCAAAGACUCGUCUGCGGACAGCCGCUUUCCGAGCAAGUCACGGUUCCCUGACAGCCGCUCUCAAUCGAAGGACGCGAAGAAUGUCACAACCGGCAAGGCUACAGCAUCCCGUGCAGCUUCGCACCGGGCUGCCCGGUUUGACCGAGAUGAUUUGAAGCGAAUAAGCGAAGAAAUGCAGGACAGAUUUGUUGAAAAGAUGGAGCAUUUCACGCUGGUUGCGCGGAUGGCAAGGCUUGAAGAAUCUCUGGAGAAUCAGCUUGGAAGAGAAGGCUUUGUCACAGCAGAGAUCGAGGAUCUCAAGAUGGAAAACAGGUACCACGUGGAAGAAAAGCAGAAGUUGCAGCAACAGCUGGAGGAAAUUAGAGAAGCAACAGCAGGGAAUACUUGUCGAAUCCGCGAUGAUCAGCAUCGGCUUGAAAACGCCGCGGACCAUGCGUACCGCACCGCCAAGCACUUGGAGGAGGUCAGCAGCAACUUCUCAGUGACCAAGGAGGUCUUGGGAGAAGAUAUCGGGCGGAUGGCCAAAGCUGUGCAGGUGCUGGCAAACGAGUUCAGGAUCAUCGAAGAGGAGCAUCGAAGAGUAGAGCAGCAGAAGGCCCAUGAGUUGAAAAUCGCAGGACAUGCAAUCAAAGAGUUGCAAGAGCAGAUCGGGAAGCAGGAGGUUCAGAGUGGUGCUAUGGAGAGCGACCUGAUCCAGGUGAAGCAGCAGUUCGGGACGUAUGCCAAACAGGCUGGCGUUCAAAGACUUGAGAAGAGGAUCCUGGACAUGCAGGAAGAGACUGGCAGGCUGCAAGAAUUUGUGCACGAGAAGUUCUUGACGAUACAGGAUGCGGAAAGAAGGGAGAUGAUGUCCGCAUUUGCUGCAAAGUGGGAUCCGUACAACAAGUCCCGGCUGUUGCGCAAAACUGUGGACGGGUGGGUCGAAUUUCUGCGACGGCAGAACCGAUCACGCGAGGCGCUGCAAAGCGUGAAGCAAAUCUACGCAAAGACGCACGUCACGGCGAGAUUGAGGUCCUGGUGGUACCUCAUGCAGCGGGACCACACGGACAGUCAGUUCAAGCACCUCUCGGAGAAUCUGGAGACGCAGGAGGCGAAGUUGGAGGGCGCCCGAGGUGCGCUGCUGCGGCAUGAGAAGGCAACCACGGAGCAGGCCCGCAGCCUGCAAUACCGUGUGCUGGCGGUCGAGAAAGGCCUGGAAGCAGCGGAGAAGGAAAAGGCCACACGAGAGGAGCUGCUGGAAAGAUUUGAAGACAUCAACUAUCGCCUGAGAGAGGAGCUGUCUUUGGAUCCCAUUCGUGCCGACCUGGCAAACAUCAAGAUCUUCAUUCAGAAGCUGAAGGAAGAUAAGGUGGAUGUGCAAGAUAUCGCAGCGGACCGCGAGAAGGUGCGGGCACUCAGCGGGGAAUUCCGAGCAUGGCUGAUGCGACACGAUGAGUCCCUCAAGCGCAAGGCAGAGCUGACUGAGAAUGACACGAAAGCUGAUGCUCGAGGUGUGGAACAGGUCUUGGUCCUCCUGGCAAAGCAGGCCGAUCACUUGGCCACCAUGGUGGCACAUGACCUGGAUCAACUUCGACAGGCAUUGACGAGGUUCUUGGAGAUCUCGCCAGACUUCCGCAAGGCAUCGUUAUCCAUUGGCUUUGAGCCGCACGAGCAGUGUGUCGCCUGCAGAGCCCUUCCCCGCAAGUGUGUCAAUGAUGCGGUCGCAGGUGCAGACGGGACCAUCUACAAGCUGGGGAUGGAGACCACGAUAACCGCUGCAGAAGAGACUCAGAGGGUACUGGCGGAGAAACUUCGAUAUCCUCCUACUCUGGCAAUCAAUGCUUAUGUGGGAUGUACAAAUCAGCCUGGCAACAGCAUCCAAGAUGCAGACGUCUCAGUGCAGCCGCUUCCGCUGCUGCAAAAGGUGGUGACGGCCGAAGCUGGCUGGCUCUCUGGCAAGGAGCUCUUCGCAGAUAGGGUGGCAAGCUCACGCAAAGUGGUGGAGGAUGUGUGUGUUCCUGUUCCUGCACGAAGCAGACGGCGGCCACCCAGUGCGCAGGAGAGUCGUGAACGGCCAAGCGUCCGAGCGUACUUCCCAGCAGUUGGACCUCGAGGUGCCGGUGUGAAGCCCAAGGGGCCGUAGGAAGUCCGGCGCAAGUGGAUCAGCUGGCUAGGCCCAUGCCUGUGAACUUGCGCGCGCGAUGGUGGACGAAGUUGCCUGAAUCUGAAAUUGGAUUGGCAACAGCCUCACACCCGAAGGGUUC